AUGGCGCUGGCUCCCAGGCUGCAGAAGUGGUUCCCGUGGACCCGGGCGCCCGUCAUCUGCAACGGGCCCAUGCUCGGGGCCGCGACCCCGGCGCUGGCCACCGAAGUCACCAAGGCCGGCGGUAUCGGCUUCCUCGCUUCCGCCUUCAACCUCGACCCGGGCUCGCCUCAGCUCAGUAAGCUCGAUGCCGACCUGACCGAGAGUCGACGCCUCCUCGACCAAGCAUCGCCGUCACCACCAUCAUCGUCGCCGCUACGCAUCGGCAUCAGCUUCAUCACGGGCCAUGCCUCCAUCGCCCGCUUCGCCGAAACAGCGCUCCCCAUCAUCGCCAAGCACCGCCCCGCGAUAGUCUGGCUCUUCGCCCCGGCCGAGGCCGAAGCGCCAGCGCCGUCCCCGCGCCCCCACCGAGCCAUCAUCGAGGCCCUGCGGAAGAGCGCGGAGGAGAGCGGCGGCACCGUGCCGCGCGUCUUUGUCCAGGUGGGGAACGUGGCCGCGGCGCGGGCGGCCGUCGACGACGGCGCCGACGUGCUCGUGUGCCAGGGCGUCGACGCCGGCGGGCACCAGUUCCGGCGCGGCGCCGGCGUCGUCAGCCUGGUGCCCGAGGUGCGCGCCAUGCUCGACGGCGAGUUUGCCGGGCGCGACGUCGGGGUGCUGGCGGCGGGCGGCAUUGCCACGGAUAAGGCGGUGGCAGCCAUGAUGGCCCUGGAGGCUGAAGGCAUUGUCAUGGGCACAAAGUUCACAGUCGCCAGAGAGUCAGAAUACCCCGACCACCGCAAGCAGCUCAUCCUCGAGACAGUCGAUGGCGGCUCGUCAACGCUCAAGUCUCCUUUCCACGACCAGAUGAACAAAUCAACCCUCUGGGGGCCCCUCUACGACGGCCGCGCAAUCGUAGGCCCCAUCCACGGCAAGUUCCUGUCCGGGUCGUCGCUGGAGGACUGCCAACGGAGCCUCGACAAGGACUACUCGCCUGAGGAGGCGACGCGGAUGCUCGGCACGUGGGCCGGGACCGGCGUGGGCCUCGUGCAAAAGGCCCAGCCGGCGGGGGAGAUUGUGCGCGAGUUGCGCGAAGGCGCCAAGGAGCACCUCCGCAAGCUGGCCGGGCUGGUGUAA